CAAAAUCGGUUGAGCGGGAAGAUUUUCCUGCCGCUCGGUAUGCCGCUUGCCGCUGGCGCAGACGCGCCAAUCAGAGGCGUCACAUCCAGUCACGUGCGAUGCCAUGGCAACGCUUUCGCGAGAAAGUUGAGCCGCCGAGUAGUGGCGAGCCCAGGCGAGCCAGCGAACAAUCUUUCCGCCAUGAGCCUAGAAAACAACACGAGGACGAUGGAGCGCUUUAUCGAAACGGUACGGAUGUACCCGUUUCUAUACGAUAAAAAACACCCGGAGUUCAAGGAAAAAGCGGAGAAGCUGAACCGAUGGGCGAUUAUCGGCGAGGAUUUCGGUCUCACCGGGACACAGAGCAGCCCUCCACAUCCAGUUCGAGUGCAGCAAGUCUUGACCACGCAGAAAGCUGUCCCCUGAGCCCUGCUAGGGUUGUUUUUGAAGCAAUGUACUCCAAUGGCCCUGCUCUCUUGCUAUCGGAGGAAAACAGCCCAAGCAUCUAUGAACACCCAGGCACGGGAGCCGAUGUAGGUCCUUCACGAUCAGCCAAGAGGCCUGCUGACCAAGUACCAUCAUCCCGAAAAAAGAAUCAACGGGGCCAGGAUAGCUUCGAGGACUCUGUGCAGAGCGUCCUCCACAGCUGCUCGGCAACAUUGAACGCCAUCUCGCACAAGGCCGACACGCCUGUCAUUAAAAACGACUGUACGGCGGGGGCACAAUGGAUUGAAUCCAAACUGGCAUUGCUUUCACAAAAGCUAAGAUGUGAGGUAAUGCAUAAGAUCAACCAACUGCUGUAUGAGGCUGAGAUGAAGAUGUUGGAAUGAAUGCUCAAC